UCAGGCGGCAAAGCAUGGAGGAGGAAAAAGCGAGCGCAGUGGGAGAAAUCGAGGAAAUGGAGGCGACGGGUGAUGGGACCCACAACCCGAGCGAGAGGAGGCACGUGCGAACGAAGGUGCCUGAGGUGGAGAUCCACCUGUACCGUCAGGGAAAGGGACCCGUUACGGCGUUCAAAUCAGCGUUGGGUGGUUGGGAACAAGAUCAAUUGGAAGUGCGAGACAUCCUCGAAAAACACGCUCUCAAGUCCAUUUACGCGUUCAACCCUCAAGCCGGUGCUCGUGGCGUUCCGGUCCGCUUCAACCCUCGAAACGGAAGAUCCCUCUUGACCUAUAGGGAUGGUGCUGUCGUUUACGUUGAUGGAGAACCUAAGGACUCACUAGUUAAACCAGUGACCAAGAUCUUGAUUGGCGUUGCUGUAAUAACCCUUAUGAUAACACUAAUUUCGAGGGAUACUCCAGAAUGGAUGAAGAAAUUAAACUUUUCUGGUGUGAACUUCCCUCCAUGGAUCUUGGCUUGUAUAGUUAUUGUCUUCACCCGCACGAGGAAGCGAACUAAAGAUUUUCUGAAAAAACAUGGUUGGUGAAUGGGCUUGCGUUGAUGCUUUUGUGGUAGGGUUUUACGCAUUUCUCUAUACACGUUCAAGUUUUGUCUAAAUUGACAAUUUUUGUCAAUUAAUUAUAUCAUCAUAAAUGUUAUAGGUUGAUAAUAAGUGAUGUCACAUUUGGUGUAACAUUAGAUCCUCUUGUUCAGCCAGUAUAGUCUAUCUAUCUACAUAUUAUUUCUCUUUUUCUUUUUGUUGCUGCUCAAAUAUGUGAUUCCUGAUUAGAGUGGAAAUAAAAAUAUUAUACUAUGCAACUUUCUCUGGGAAUCGUCUUGGCUAGCUAGUAUUGCGUCGUUCUCUAGUCUUCAGAGGAGCACAUACGCCUUAGUAGGUAACAAUUUAUAUUUU